UAAAGAUUAUCAAGUUUUUGAUUGAGAUCAUUAACCGAUUGACGAAAAGGCCAUCCAGUGCUUCCAGGUUUUUAAUGGUGGUCUAACAUCAAUCGUUUCAUAAUCUCAAUGAAAAAUAUAUGAUUAUCCCCACUUAUGAUUCCGUUCACAACAGUAGUAUCAAUAAUAAUAAUAAUAAUAAUAAUAAUAAUAAUAAUAAUAAUAAUAGUAAUACUGUAGUGAACAAGAACAUGAGUGGGGAAAAAUGAAUGUAUUUAACACGAAAUUAUAGUGUAUCUCAACAGGAUAUCAAUCCAUCAUCUCAAACUACACUGUAACUUUUGAAAAUAUCAGUCCAUUGUGUCAGAUUUCAUUGUCCAUGCAUUUUCAUAUUAGUUGCGUUCCGGUUCCGUUCCUUCCUUAUCGAUCUUCUGCUGAAAUACAUUCUAUGCCUGACCACCAUCAUAUACUACUUAUAUGGAUAUAAGUAGCCCACACCACACCGCAAUACUAAUAAUAGUAAUAGUAAUCAUACUAACUAUAACGGUACAUUGUACAAAAUGAAUUCGUUCCAAGUUAAAUAACAUGAUAAUAACAAUCAAUGUAAAUAUGAACUAACAUUUAUUUAUUCAUUCAUUCUUUUGUUUAAUUAUCCAUAUAUAUAAAUAUCAUAUUUCAAUGUACUCAAUAUGAAAUUACUUUACAAAUAUUAUUCAAUAAUUAACCCUAUAAAUACCUUAGUAAUUCAUCUGUUAGAUAUUACUUCAUUAUGUUGACUAAAUUCAUAUUGAUUUUUGUAUCUGUGUUCAUAGGGAUUGUGACAUUUGACAGUUGUCAAGGUCAAAGAGAUGCACCGAGGUAUUUCCACCCAACUACUCAUGAUGUGCGAACGAAGACUCACCACACCGCAACAACAACAGCAGCAGCAGCAGCAAAAACAACUGCAAGGCAUUACCAUGUGACCUCAACUCCAAGAUAUUACACUACACCGAGAACUGCACUACACACUGUUCAUCCCACACGAAAAACGACUCACCACACCGCAACAACAACAGCAGCAGCAGCAGCAAAAACAACUGCAAGGCAUUACCAUGUGACCUCAACUCCAAGAUAUUACACUACACCGAGAACUGCACUACACACUGUUCAUCCCACACGAAAAACGACUCACCACACCGCAACAACAACAGCAGCAGCAGCAGCAAAAACAACUGCAAGGCAUUACCAUGUGACCUCAACUCCAAGCCACACUACUAAAGCGGUACAAAAGAAAUGUUUAAAGAAAAUGAAACCAAACGAUUUGAUGAAUUUAAUAUUUGGCUUGAUUCCUCGAAUAAAAACAAUUGAAUUCGCAGAAAACGAAAAUCUUCAAAAGCUUGCAGAACUUUUCGAGGAAUUAUUCAAACAUUAAAUGAAUGUAAAACAUUCUUUUUUAACGAAAAUACCAGUUAAAGCGAAAAUUUCUUAAUACACUAUCAAUUCAUCAUUCAAUAAUUUGUUUUUGAUAAUGCUAAUAAAUACAUAAUGAUAAUAAUAAUUCAC